AUGCAAGUCCUCCUUGUAGCGGAGCAGAAUAAUCAACUCGUGACUUUAAACCAUCAAGCUCGUCCCACUGGAUCUGCUCCAUUCCCUGAAGCGAAUGUUGCAUCAUCCAGUUAUGAUAAUAGAAGAGGACGAGGUUGUGGGCGUGGUGGAAACCGUUAUCAUGGUCGUCGAAGAGGACGAAGAAGAAGAUUUUGUCCCUAUGAUGAAAGAAAUAAUAAAGACUUCCACGAAAAUGAAAGGAAUGAAAAGGGCCAGGAUGAUAAAAGGCAAACGGGAAAGGUUUGCUACAGAUGCGACAUGAAAGGUCAUUGGGUACGUAACUGUCGUACGCCAAAACAUUUAGCCGAUCUGUAUAGAGAAUCCCAAAAGGGAAAAGAAAAAGGAAGAGGUGAAACAAACUUCAUCUCUGAUGAACAUGGGCCAUCCUUUCAUGGUUUAAACGAUGAUACUCAUCUCGACGUAUCAGAUUUUCUAGUUGAGCCAGAGAGUAUCGAUGAGUGA